AUGGCAUUUGAUGUAACAAGCUUUCUCUCGCUCGGACAAGAACCAAAGGCAGACACAAAAGGAAAAGGCUUUGCGGGUGCUCCUAAUCCUACCACAGUCCCAACAAAAGAAGCCCAGCACCCACGUAAAGGAUGGAGAAAAGGCGUCGCCAUUUUCGACUUGGUUCUCGAGCUGUCUGCCAUUGUCGCUGGUCUUGCUACCACUAGCGUUACGGAUCAUGCUUUUCCUUUUUUUCUCACUCAGUUCUUUCAGUUCCAAGCUCAGUUUAAUGAUCUCCCAACUUUCGCGUUUUUCGUGGUUGCUAAUGCCAAUGCCAUAGCUAGCGAGCUCCUUGCCCUUCUCUAUAGCAGGACCGAGCCUCCUCCUUGUCGUCUUUGA